AUGCCGCACAGCAUGUGAGUCCUAAUUGUGCCGGAAUUGUCCUAAGCGCCUCUUAGGAGGGCUGCUUGGGUGAAUGUCUGGGGAGGGAAAGGCAGAAUCGAGAAGAUCAAAUAAAAAAGAAGGUGGCAAAAGUUUUGCCACUCUGCUUUGUUUGGUCAGUGUUGCCUCCACGGUCCAGGGCUUGGCCCUGGAGUUGUGAGCCUUUCUCAAGGUGGACAAACUUGCUUUGCAUUUAGCAACUACACCAUGGGUAGGGAAACUUAAGGCCCAGGGGCCGAAUCUGGCCCAAUCGCCUUCUAAAUCUGCCCUGCAGACAGUCUGGGAAUCAGCAUGUUUUUACAUAAGUAGAAUGUGUCCUUUUGUUUAAAAUGCACCUCUGGGUUAUUUGUGGGGCAUAGGAAUUCGUUCAUUUCCCCCCCCUUCAAAAUAUAGUCCGGCCCCCCACAAGGUCUGAGGGACGGUGGACUGGCCCCCUGCUGAUCCCUGAUCUACACAUACCUCCAUGUUGUCUCUUUUUUGGAAGGGGGGGCCGGCUGAGGAAGGGAGGGACUUGGUUAACUCCGCCUUGUGGCAAAGUUAUGGCGAAGGCAGCUUGGAAACUGCCUUAUUUCUCUCUGUGGGCUCCUCCAGGCUUAUUCUCUGUUUAUUGAGCAUUUGUCCUGAUUUGAUUUGCUUACGCAGUUAGACUACAUCCAGACUUUAUUGAGCAUUUGUUCCAGUAUGACUGCGGGACAGUUAUACAGCCAGUGCUUUUUUUCUUUAAAAAUGUUUAGGGGUACUCUCAUUUUCCUACUCAUAUUGAAAUACUGCCGCUCAAUGAGGCCAAGCUUAGAUUCACAAAAUGUUUAGGGGUAUGCGUACCCCUGCGUCCCCACCCCCACUGUAUGCAGCUUGUUCAAAUCUAGCUUAUCUCUAGGAGCAACAACAGCGGAACACUGUUACUGGUCCUGAAUUGUUGUUGUUGUUGUUGUUGUUGUUGUUGUUGUUGUUGUAUUUGUAUGCCACUCAUCUACUGCUCCCAGCAGAAUAUUAAAAACACAACAAAGCCUUAAAAACUUCCCUAAACAGGGCUGCCCUCAGAUGUCUUCUAAAAGUCAUAUAGUUGUUUAUUUCCUUGACAUCUGCUGGGAGGGCGUUCCACAGGGCAGGUGCCACUACCGAGAAGGCCCUCUGCCUGGUUCCCUGCAGCCUCACUUCUCGCAAGGAGGGAACCGCCAGAAGGCCCUCGGAGCUGGACCUCAGUUUCGGGGCUGAUCGAUGGGGGUGGAGACACUUCUUCAGUUAUACAGGACCCAGGCCAUUUAGGGCUUUAAAGGUCAGCGCCAACACUUUGAAUUGUGCUCAGAAAUGUACCGGGAGCCAAUGUAGAUCCUGUUAUAUGGUCCCGGUAGCCACUCCCAGUCACCAGUUGAGGGUAAUGGGAAUUGUAGUCCAAGAAACAGCUGAAGACCCAAGUUUGGGAAACCUUGGGUUAGACUAUAAAGGUAAUUGACCCCUGACCAUUAGGUCCAGUCGUGUCCGACCCUGGGGUUGUGGCACUCAUCUCGCUUUAUUGGCCGAGGGAGCCGGCAUACAGCUUCCGGGUCAUGUGGCCAGCAUGACUAAGCCGCUUCUGGCGAACCAGAGCAGCGCAUGGAAAUGCCGUUUACCUUCCCGCUGGAGCGGUACCUAUUUAUCUACUUGCAUACUGACGUGCUUUCAAACUGCUAGGUUGGCAGGAGCAGGGACCGAGCAACGGGAGCUCAAACCGCCACGGGGAUUCGAACCGCCGACCUUCUGAUCGGCAAGCCUCAGGCUCAGUGGUUUAGACCACAGUGCCAUCUGCGUCCCGGGGUUGGACUAUAGCCGGUCUUUAUUGAGCAUUCACUCUGAUUUGUUUGCAGAGUGGUUAUACAGUGAUGAGACAGUUAUACGACAAUGAGCAUUUAUGAUAAUUUGCUUGCUUGGUGCAAUGCUACAGAGAGCAUCUUCUUGCUAAUUGCCCAUCCCACACUUUUCAUUGUGUUUCUCCAUCGUUUUUUUAAAAAAACAAUGUUGUAAUCCGCUUUGGGAUUCGUUGAAAUCAAAGGUAUAUUGUUUCCAGGAAACAAUCAUUCAGAAUUCUCACCGCCUUGUUUUUUGUUUCCUUUUUCUUGCCAGACCAUCCAUGAGCUCAGAUUUCCAGCAUUACAGUUUCAGGAUGCCAAACAUUGGAUUUCAGAACCUGCCUCUCAACAUAUACAUUGUGGUCUUCGGCACGGCCAUCUUUGUCUUCAUUCUGAGCUUACUCUUCUGCUGCUAUUUGAUCAGGUAAGGACACAGAAGAGCAACAGGUGGGCAAAGGCCGCUUUAUUCCAAAGACAGGCUGCCAGGGGACUGCGUGGAGGGAGGUGCCAAAAGCUAGAGGACACCCACCUUGGUGGCAGAGGCUGGCCGUUCGCCAUUCGGAAAGAAGGAGGUUGCUUUCAGCUCGGCAGAUGCAAGGAAAUGUCUCAGAUUCCUGUGUGUAAGGCACCCACUCUGUGAGGCUGGCUUCUUGCCAGGGGGUUCCUUUUAGUUUUCCCCAGUCUUCCCCAAAUCCUGCUGCCUUUAGAGAGAGCAGGCAAUUUUUGUCUCCCAACUCCCUUGCUUAGGAGAACUUUGCUCCGAGGUUUCCACUCACAGAGUGGAAGCGUUCCUUUGAUGUACGUAGCUCACAUUGUGCCAUCCUAAUGUUGACAGAUUCCAGUUCCCAUCAUUCCUGGGCUGUUGGCCAGGAUGACUGAGACUGAUGGGAUCUGGAGACCAGGAACAUCUCAGAGGGGACCAUGUUGUCUACCUCUGUUAUAAGCAGUCCUGAGGAUCCUGGUUCAGAAAAGCAAUUUUCUGGUUUUUGAGAAGAUUCAUUUUUUGUGAAUGCGUCUUUUCCUGGUGCACAGGGGAAAUAGUUUCCAUUUGGAGAUUCGCGCAUGAACCUGCCAUCUCCCUUUCACAGCUGUCGGGAUGCGGAAGCGAACUUUUCAAGGAAUUUGCUCUUUCUAACACUUCAGGGCAUCUAUCUCUCUCUCCCUCUCCUGCAAAUAACUUGCAUACUUGUGGUUAAGAAAUUGUCUGUAUUUUUUCCCCCCGCCCACCUCUCCAAAGUGUCUUGCAUGCAAGCUGCUCUCCCAGCAGCACGGUUCAGAGGUGAGUCGAUGAAACAGGCUCAGCCUGUUAAUCUGAAGAAAGUGGGAAAAGGCAGCCCUUUCCAAACCAACUGCCACUUGGGAAGUUUGAAUAUUCAGUGGCGCAGACCAAACAGGUUGGCGUAGGCUAUUUGCAGGGUGUGUGUUUAGCUUUAAGAAAGUCUGCGUGCUGGACACCAAAACAGCAGGCUAAGUCCGGCGGGUAUUCAUUCAGCGGACAAUAUUCUGCCUCUUGGUGGCGGUCAGGAACAAAGGGAUUUUAUUGUGUGGGAUUAGCUCCUAUUGUGACACAUCUUGCACAAAGAUUGGUUUUUCUAAACUAUCAGCUCAGCAGUGACAGGCUGUAUGUUUUGUACCCAUCAGAGAGAAAGACCCUAUUUGGCCACCGCUCCAAGCUACAGUUUAGUGUGACGAGACUGAGUCACACUAACACAUGACUUUUUCACACCCCACCAUGUCUCCCUCCCUCCUUCGUGGCCACAAGGAGGAGUUUGUACUUCCAUUCUUGUUGAAUCGUACUAUUGUGAUACAAACCGGUAAACUGCGGUUGAUCCUAUAUAUAGAUAGAUAGAUAGAUAGAUAGAUAGAUAGAUAGAUAGAUAUUUGGUUUUUCAAAUUAAAAUUUUAGAGUCACAAAUCCAACAUACAUCAUGAAAACAAGAUUCCAAAGAAUCUCUUGGACUUCCCUCCUCCCCUUUGUGGGUCCUAUUGUUAAUCAUUUCCUCCUGCAUCUUUUAAAGUAAUCCAAACCUUUUAUCUCUCCAUUGCAUCCAAAAUUCACCAUUAAACUACAAGUGAUAUUACAAUCCUGCUGUUUACAAUGGUCUUUUGGAUAAGUUAUAAAUUUCCCCCAUUCCUUAUUAAAAUUUUGGUCUUCCUGAUUUCUGAUUCUUCCAGUCAUUUUAGCCGUUUCAGCAUAGUCCAUCAACUUCAUCUGCCAUUCUUCUCUGGUUGGGACUUUAUCUUCUUUCCAUCUCUGAGCUACCAGAGAUGGCCCAGAAACUGGCUGAUCUUAGCUCGUUUCAAACAAACCAUAGUUAAGUUGGAAUGAUGGGCUUUAAAGCUGAGUCGUUUAAAGGAAUGACAGUUAGCAUUUGUUGUAGCCGAGUUGUUGGAACAAAGAUUAAUCUGUGGCUAAUUGGAAGUGAAAGCUUCAGAACUCACCGGAACUCAGUUCUGGCACCUCUUGAUACAAGAUUGAGAGUAGGCUUGAGAAACCCAAAACAGCAUGCAAGUAUAAUAAUAAUAAUAAUAAUAAUAAUAAUUUUAUUAUUUAUACCCCGCCCAUCUGGCUGGGUUUCCCCAGCCACUCUGGGCAGCUUCCAACAGAAUAUUAAAAUACAAUAACCCAUUAAACUUUAAAAGCUUCCCUAUACAGUGGUACCUCGGGUUACAGACGCUUCAGGUUACAGACUCCGCUAACCCAGAAAUAGUACCUCGGGUUAAGAAAUUUACCUCAGGAUAAAAACAGAUAUCGUGCAGCAUCGCAGUGGCAGCGGGAGGCCCCAUUAGCUAAAGUGUUUCUUCAGGUUAAGAACAGUUUCAGGUUAAGAACGGACCUCCAGAACGAAUUAAGUACUUAACCCGAGGUACCACUGUACAGGGCUUCCUUCAGAUGUCUUCUAAAAGUCUGGUAGUUGUUUUUCUCUUUGACAUCUGGUGGGAGGGCAUUCCACAGGGCAGGUGCCACUACCGAGAAGGCCCUCUGCCUGGUUCGCUGGAACUUGGCUUCUCACAGUGAGGGAACCACCAGAAGGCCCUCAGCACUGGACCUCAGAGUCCAGGCUGAACGAUGGGGGUGGACAUGCUACUUCAGGUAUACAGUGGACCUCAGUGUCCAGGCAGAAAAAUGGGCGUGGAGACACUCCUUCAGGUAUACUGGACCGAGGCCAUUUAGGGCUUUAAAGGUCAGCACCAACACUUUGAAUUGUGCUUAGAAAUGUACUGGGAGCCAGUGUAGGUCUUUCAAGACCAGUGUUAUGGUCUCGGCGGCCGCUCCCAGUCACCAGUCUAGCUGCUGCAUUCUGGAUUAGUUGUAGUUUCCGGGUCACCUUCAAAGGUGCAUAGAGCUCAUUGCAGUAGUCCAAGCGAGAGAUAACCAGAGCAUGCACCACUCUGGCCAGACAGUCUGUGGGCAGGGAGGGUCUCAGCCUGUGUACCGGAUGGAGCUGGUAGACAGCUGCCCUGGACACAGAAUUGACCUGCGCCUCCGUGGACAGCUGUAUAUGCGGGACCUUUAGCCCUCCAGCUGAACUACAACUCCCAUCAGCCCCAGCAAGCAUGGCCAGUGGCCGGGGGCGAUGGGAGUUGUAGUCUAGCAACAUCUAGAUAGCCAGAGAUUCCCUCCACCUGGUUUAAUUGUAUUUUCCUAGUAUUGCCUGGGUACAGGUUCCUUUAUGUAGCUGUGUUGGCUGAUUUAAACAAAUCUUAGUCAGUUGGUUGUGUGGGUUUUUAAUUUAGUUAGCGAUUCUUCCAGGAAGCUUAUGGUGGCGUACUUGAGUUCUUCCCACAGCCCUUUUAUUCUCACAACAACCUUCCGAGGUUGUUUGCAUCUGGACCAAGGUCACCCACUGAACUUCAUGGCCGAGGGAGGAUUUGAACAGAGUGCCACCCUAGUGUGACACUCUUAACAAUGACAGCCCACUGGCUCUCUUCACUUAAAAGUAUACGUGAGGAGGGAAAUGAUAGUUCUAAAACAAAAGGUAUUCUUCCUUUUGUUUUUAGAUUUUGCACCGGUUUGUCGCAGGCGUCAUCACCUUAGAAGUGGGUUUUCUUCUCAUUUGGAGGGCAGGUUGAUUGGGGGAAGAAGCCGCUUAAAAUAGACCUAAGUAUAGUUUUCUAUUACUGGUACUAUUUCUUUUUCAAAAAAAAAAGCAAUGUACCCUAUUUUUUGCUCUAUAUGACUCACUUUUUUCCUCCUAAAAAGUAAGGGGAAAUGUGUGUGCGUCUUAUGGAGUGAAUGCAGGCUGCGCAGCUAUCCCAGAAGCCAGAACAGCAAGAGGGAUUGCUGCUUUCACCGCGCAGCGAUCCCUCUUGCUCUUCUGGCUUCUGAGAUUCAGAAUAUUUUUUUUCUUGUUUUCCUCCUCCAAAAACUAGGUGCGUCUUGUGGUCUGGUGCGUCUUAUAGGGCGAAAAAUACGGUAAUUAAUUGCAGCACCUUUCUAGCUGGUGAAAAGGUUUUUAGAACGUUUAAGCAAACCAUCUAAUUGAUGUAAGCGUUACCUUGUCAUGUUGAGACAUUCAACAUCCAAUUUUCCCUUGAAGAAGGGCACUGUUAUGAGGUCCUAACUGCUCCACUCAGGGGGUCUUGGGCUGUUUUUGAAUUUGUGCUGCCACCCCAGUGGCAAUUCUUUCUUCCAGCUCUGUGACAUUCACAUGUUGCAGCUAAUGCCUUUUUGGCCAAAGCAUAGCCAACAACUGCAUUUUAGAACACAAAACUAUUGGGUGAGUGUCUUUGUUUUCAGCUCAGAUCCAACAAGUCGUUUGUUGUUCCUCUUGCGGUAUCUCUCCGUCCCGCGAUGUACAUAGAUGCCGUUUCUAUUUCCCUGUUAAAUCUAGUUAUUUAUACAUAAUUAUGCGCUGUCACGGCACCGAAGCUCGGGCAACUCCCGUCUACAAAGAUUGCAUUCUGCUCGUUCGUAUAGAAAAAGAGCAUCGUAUCUGAAAGCACUGCACAGAUCUCUAUUCUUCUUUUUGGGCAGCAGAUUUCUCCGUCGAUUGCCACCGUGGGUUGUGAAUGGGCUUUUUGGAGACAUUGAGGGGCAAUGCAUGGCACGGACUUCGUGAGAUAGCUCCACCACAUCAUGUACCGGGAGGCUCGCUUCCUUUUGUCAAUAACCCCCUGCAUUAGAAAGCUAGCACAUCAGCAAGAAGGCUGGACUGGUUGUUUCACACAGAGGAAGAUGUUGUUUUUUUUAAAUAAUAUUUAUUAAAGUUUUAAGUUUACAAAAAGGCAAAAGAAAAAUACACCAAAUUAAACAAUAACAAAACCAACACAUCACAAUAAAAAACUGAAAAAUAGGAACAAUUAAAAACAAAAGAAAAAAGAAAAAAACAAAUCAAACCUUCCCAUAACUUAUCUUUCAUUUGCUUGUUUCCCUGACCUCCUCACACCUCCCUUUUUUGUAUUCUAGGUCAAUUAUCCAUUUCAGCAAAUCCUUUCCCUCUCUUCAAAAUUUUUAUCCUGAAAAUUUAUCUUGAUCUUGAUAUAAGUUUACUUUCCCUCUUUUCACCAAUUAACAGUCUAUUUUUCUUUAACUCUUUGAUACAUUUUUGGUAGAAUCACCUAGAUUCAUUCCAACAUCAUUCUAACAUUCAUUAAUUUUACAAUGUUUCUGUAAAUAGUCUUUAAAUUUCUUCCAAUCUUCCUCCACCGACUCUUCUCCCUGGUCUCGGAUUCUGCCCACACAGAGGAAGAUUUUGAUAUGUACAGUGGUACCUCAGGUUACAUACACUUCAGGGUACAUACGCUUCAGGUUACAGACUCCGCUAACCCAGAAAUAGUACCUCGGGUUAAGAACUUUGCUUCAGGAUGAGAACAGAAAUUGCGUGGCAGCGGCGCAGCGGCAGCGGGAGGCCCCAUUAGCUAAAGUGGUGCUUCAGGUUAAGAACAGUUUCAGGUUAAGAACAGACCUCCGGAACAAAUUAAGUACUUAACCCGAGCUACCACUGUAGUAGCAUGGAUUAUUCCUCUGUGUCUACUGCAGAGGUGCCAUCCUCUGGGGAAACCCAGUCAAAUGGGCAGGAUAUUAUUAUUAUUAUUAUUAUUAUUAUUAUUAUUAUUAUUAUCCCAUGAUGAGCUCGGCCUGUGCAUGCCCUAAACUAUUUUGACUCUAAGCCAGAGCUGUCAAUCAUGAGUGCCAGCAGGAUUUGGGAUAAAGGAGGCCGCUUGGGUCCUUUAGCAUUCUUGUUUAACUCAGGGAUGGAGAACUUGCAGCCUUCCAGAUGUUGUUUAAAAAGAAGCCCAGCUCACAUCAUCCCUGACCAUGGACCACACUGGGUUGCGGCUGAUGGGAUUCAGAGUCUGGCACAUCUGGGAUGGCUAAGGGUUCCCCAACCUUAUUUCAACUGGUUCCAAGGAGAAUAUCCCGAGGGGCAGGAUCUGUGCCUGGGAAUCUCUUUUUUUUUUCUUUUUUUUUUUAAAUGAUAUGUAUUCCAAAUUUAAAAUUACAAAAAAAACCCGGAAAACAAAACAGUACAAGAUACAAAAAAAAUUGACCAUAACCAUAACAGAGCAUAGAAUAAAAACAAAAAAACAAAAAACAAAAAAACCAAUAAAAUACAAUAAAAAAACAGAACAAGAAAUAUACAAAAACAUUGCAUUAAAAUAAGACAAAAACAAAUUAAACCUUUACAUAACUUUUUCCCUUUACUUAUUUCCUUGACCUCCUCUCACCUCCCAGUUUUGUAUUCUAGUUCAGAUCGUUCUUUUUCAGCACAUCCUUCCAAUCUUAUUUUCGUUUGCAUAAUUUAAUUUAAAAUAUUAUAAUUAAACAUCCUCUAUUUCAUCAAUUUCAUCAACUCAUUUUUACUUAAUACUUUAUCUCAUAUCUACCAAAACUGCCUAAUUUUCUUUUUCCAACAUCUUUCUAACAUUCUUUAAUGUUAUAAUGCUUUUGAAGAUAUAUUUUAAUUUUUUUCCAAUCUUCUUCCACCGACCCUUCUCCCUGGUCUCGAAUUCUGCCAGUCAUCUCAGCCAAUUCCAUAUAGUCCAUCAUUUUCAUCUGCCAUUCUUCUCGGGUGGGUAAUUCUUGUGUCUUCCAGUACUUUCCGAUGAGUAUUCUUGCUGCUGUUGUAGCAUACAUGAAAAAGUUUCUAUCCUCCCUUCGCACCGAUUGUCCAACCAUGCCCAGAAGGAAGGCCUCUGGUUUCUUCUGGAAGGUAUACUUAAAUACCUUUUUCAUUUCAUUAUAAAUCAUCUCCCAGAAGGCCUUGAUCUUUGGGCAUGUCCACCAAAGGUGAAAGAAUGUACCCUCAUUCUCUUUACAUUUCCAACAUUUGUUAUCGGGCAAAUGAUAAAUUUUUGCCAGCUUGACUGGGGUUAAGUACCACCUGUAAAUCAUUUUCAUAAUAUUCUCUCUUAAGACAUUACAUGCCGUAAACUUCAUACCUGUGGUCCAUAACUGUUCCCAGUCAGCAAACAUAAUAUUAUGUCCAACAUCUUGUGCCCAUUUAAUCAUAACACUGUGCGUGGGAAUCUCAGGCCCCUGUGAUGAGCGCCACUGGGAUCUGGUGGGGUGGAAAGACAGCGGGUUCCUCUUUUGUGUCAAAGCGAGGGCUGAAGCAGAAACAUGGUUUUUUUAAAAAAAAGAAAACAGAAGUACCAGUUUGAACACCAAGCUGCAUAGGUCUUUUUUCCCCAUUAGUUAUUAAAAAAAAACCACAAUCGAAACAACCACCCAAGAGUAUUUAUAGCAGGAAAAACAAGUUCCUGGUCUUAAAACUUGUUUGCGGUAUUCUUAAGAAUUCAAGAGCCCAUGGAAUAAGAAGCAGAGAGGAUAAUUAUAUCAGGCAGAUGUUUAGUUUUUCUUUUCUUUUCUUUUUACCACCUUUACAAGGUGGUAAAGAGAAGGUGCACUGAGCUAGCAUUUCCACUCUGGGGUGUUGUGCGUGUAUUAGGUGUACAGAGACAUACUGCCUCUUUAAACGCACCCCUGUUGCAAACUAUCAGGCUCCUAUGAGCUUCCUUUCCUUCCAGACUGUGCUGCCUGUUUGCUUACAGAUCUCUGCCUUUGAACUCAGAAAGGGUUGAGCGUGCUAUUAAUGGAGGCAAAUCUACAAAAACGUUAUCCAGUAAGCCUUUCACUACUCAGUUUUCAUUUGGGUAGAGCAGGCCUAAAAGAGACUAUCUGGUGUGAUCUAUUCCCGAGGGUGGCGAUUCUGAUUUGCUGUUAGUCGUAGAAUUGUAGAGUCCAACCCUUUGCAGUGCAAGAAUUUUGUUUAUCUACUGUACCUUCUUCAUGUUCAGUCUUCUUCUUCUUUGUUUUCUAGGCUUCGACACCAAGCCCACAAAGAGCUUUAUGCCUACAAACAGGUAAGCUUUUCUUUCUCUUUGUCCCCUGCCGCCGAUGUUGCUACCACCCGGUCGCCCUGACAAAUUUCAAAUCGGGGCAUAGUUGAAAAGCUUCCCUGAGCUUUCACUUGCAAAAUUGUUUUCAGGCUGCAGGCAAGUGAGCAAAACGUCUCAGGUGCUCUCAGCCUUUGCAGACAAACAAGCAAUAAGAUUUGACCCCUGCCCCAGGGAGCUUCCAAAUUAGAAUUCACCACCAAGGGAAAAAACCCCAAUGAAGGCAGGGGUAACUGGGAACAACUCUGACACACCCAUACCUGAUUUAUCCUUCCCUGCCCAAACCACAAACUGUAGCUGAGGUUUGUUCUGUAAACUGUGGUUUGACAUAAAGCAAGAGCCUGAGAUUGGACGUAACACUUAGGCCAAACCAUGGUUUGGCUGCCAGCAGCCAAGGAGCCGCCAUCUUGUCUCUGGGAACCUGGGGUUGUAUCCAGUGAAGACGUCCAGCUAACUUAAUAAUUUCCCCAGCCAACGCAAUUUUCAUCUGGAGUGUUUGGGACAACCCCAGAACAGAACAGUGCACCUUCCGGGGAGCAGGGCUGGGCGAUAUAUCGAUACAUCGUCCAGUAACGGUUUCUAGACCACAUCGCGAUAACCGUUUCAAAAGAAUUGGCCUGGCAAUGUAUCACAAAUCACUGUGUAUGUGUGUGUGUGUGUCCUUUCUGACAUCGUAAUAUGUUGGGGUUUAGCUGGCUAUACAUUACGAUGUUGGAAUGUAUAUAUAUAUGGUUCUUUCAGGUUACGUCCCGCGGCGACCCGGAAGUACCGGAAAGGGUUACUUCCGGGUUUCGCAUCUCGUGCAUGCGCAUGCACAUGACGUCAUUUUGCACUUCUGCGUAUGCGCGAGAUGCAAAACGCGGAAGUAACCCUUUCCGGUACUUCCGGGUCACCGCGGGACGUAACCUGAAAGAAUGUAACAUGAAGCAAAUGUAACAUGAGGUAUGACUGUGUGUGUGUGUGUGUGUGUGUGUGUGUGGAGAGAGAGAGGUUUUUGCGGGAGGGAAGCAGUGGCACUAGCUGCAGUCCAUAUAAGCUCAAUGUACAAACAGGGCCUUGGAAUUGCUCCUGAGCAAAACAUGCAUAGGAUUGCACUGCACCUUCUCUUUCAUGAUCCCAUGGAAAUAUAUAUAUAUAUAAUUUUAAAUUGUCCAGUAACACCUUAGAGACCAACUAAGUUUGUUCUUGGUAUAAGCUUUCGUGUGCAUGCACACUUCACACGAAAACUUAUACCCAGAACUAACUGGGUGCUACUGGACAAUUUGUUUUAUUUUUUUAUAUAUUUCGACUGCAUCAGACCAACACGGCUACCUACCUGAAUCAUGAUACCAUGAAGGCAGUGCUUUUUUUUUCUAAAAAAAAAUGUUUAUGGGUAUUCUCAUUUUGACUCAAGAAAAUCACCAUUUUAUAGUUCAAAUCAGGGAAAAUAAAUACAGUGAAUGGACAAAAGUACAAAGAUUCACAAAAAUGUUUAGGGGCAUGCGUACGCCUGCGUGUCAUCCUCACGCCCCAGAAAAAAGCACUGCAUGGAGGCCAUUCAAUGCAUUAAACUUCCCCCCCUCCCUUUCUGUUUCUAUAAGUUGAUGAUAUAUUUGUGGGGGCCUUUUUAGCAUGCCCAGUGGAGCAGAUUUCAUUCUGGUACUGCUUUACAACCUUUGAAAGGCAAGGCUUUGGGAGCAAAGGUCUGCUGUGUCGUCCGGCUUGCAUGCAUCUUACAAGAAUUCAACCCCUCUUUUGCAAUGUUUGUUUUCGUUGUGGGGGUGGGGUUUGCACAAGUACAGGCACCUCCGUUUUCUAACACACCCUCUCACUCUCUCUCUCCUUUUCCCCCUUGCAGGUUAUCCUAAAGGAAAAAGUUAAAGAACUCAACCUACAUGAGGUAAGCUGACUUUGUCACCCAUGAAGAAAAUCAAACUGAUGUGGAAACAAGGAAAACUGAAUUUAAGGUUGGGAGGGGGGGAUGAGAAAUUGAGAUAAAUGAAAUGGACAGAUUUGCCCUUCACUAGCCACCAGGCAGAUGUAUAGCACAGCCCCAGUUUGCCUUAAUCUUGAUUCCGCCCCUCCAAGAAGCUCUGGGAACUGUAGUUCUGUGAGAGUUUGGCUCUCUUCCAUCAAAGAAUUCUAAACAACCACUCCAGAUUCCAGGAUAUAUUGGGGGGGGGGUCUUUGAAGAGGAGUCAUGGCAGUUAAAUAGAUAUAGAACUAACUUUAUCAUUAAUAAUAUUUGAUUAAGAACAUUUCAGUUACAUCAUACUGAACAAUAUGGAAUAAUUUAAAUCUUUGUUUUGUGUUGGUUGUAAAAUGAAAAGUAUAAAGAAAAAGUUAAACAAAAAAGAAAAGAAAUAAUUUCAGUUAUAGAAACUAAAGUGAAAAGACAGAAAAGUGCAAAUGUAAAGAAAGUAAUAUAUAUAUAUAAUAUAGUACACUAAAUAUACAGUCUUACUGGCACCCAAAGGCCUUGGGAGUCAAACGAUUCAGCUCCCAAUCAGAAACCAGAAGUGAGUGUUCUAGUUUUCGAACUUUUUUUGGAAGCUGAACAUCCAGUGCGGCUUCCACUAUUAUUUCUGGCGCGCCUGCACAACCGGAAACCAUUGGGAAGCCACGCCUUGGUUUCUGAACAUUUCGGAAGUCAAACGAAAUUCCGGAACGGAUUCCGUUCGAUUUCCAAGGUACGACUGUAAUCAGAACCAACUUAGUGCCAACAAAGACAUGAAACCCACCUAAUUUUCAGAACUCUGUCACAUAUUUUCCCUUGUGAAUAAUGUAGAGCCUUCUCCAAAAAUAAGUCAGGGGCUCUCUUUUCCAUCUAAAGAAGAGCCUUGUGAAGUCUGGAAUCUUGCCUCCUUCCUUUGCCGGUGAAAUUAGGCAUCACUUGGGUCACCUUCCUUUCGACCUUUUCCUGAGCUCAGCAAGGAUGUUUUCAAUCUCUUGUAACUCUUGAAAUCUGGCAAGGUGGGAAGAGACAUCGAGACGAGGAGGGGAAGAGAAGACGAAAGCCUCCUCAGUUACUGUGGCGCCAUCGGCGCUGACGGAAUGAGUUACGGGGCUCUAAAUUUAAAUUUUGGAGGGAAGUGGGGAGUGUGCUGGGGCCCCUGGUAUGCGUGCUCAGAAGGCCGGACUUUCAGCAGCACAAACCUGACACCGCUAUCGCUCUGCUCGGAGGAAAUAAAAGCCAAAAAAGAAAAAAAAGCAAGUUUGGUUAUGCAACUGCCAGUUGCCACACAGCCGGAGAGGUUAUUUUUAUAGGCUAUAAAUCCUUACUGCUGGGUGGAGAGUCCCAGCAGGCCUUAGAGGAGGCUGGAAAGUUCUGUACCUUUCUCAAAAGAAUUGGCUCUGACUCAGGCACAUUUCCCUCCAGUCCUUUUUGUAGAAUUGCAGAGUCCCUAAAGAAUUAGGGGUCCCUAAAGAUCCUCUAUUCCAACCCCCUCUCCACAAUGCAGGAAUCUCAGAUACUGGAGACAAAGGUGCUUUUUUCUGAACUGGGAUUGUUCUCAUUUCUGGUAAAUUUCAGCUUGAAUAAAUCAGGACAGUCCAGGAGCCAGCACAAUUAUGGGUGCCUUCAAAACGAUUUCAUUUAUUUUUAUUUUACCAAAAUUAUCUCCCACACAGUCCCUGGCAUCCUUACCUUUUAAUCCAGUCGAAAACAUUCUCGCUUUGUAGCAUCAAAACUCUUCUUCCAAUGCAGCAAUAGCAAUUCAAACACAUAUUUUUAAGAACAGCCUGCAGGAUCAGGCCAGCGGCUCAUCUCGUCCAGCACCCUGUUCUCAAAGUGGGGGAACAGUUGUCUGUGGGAAAUCGGGAUUCGAACACAAGACCAACUCUCUCCUCCUGCAGUUUCCAGCAACUGGGGCUCAGAAGCCUUGCUGCCUCCAACUGGCAAAUAUAAAUAUAUUAGCUGCAGCCAGUAGGACUGUUCCUGUGCACAUAACGUUUCUUCUUUUGAAAUCUAUCUGAGUCCAUCAUCCUAGUAUGCCCCGCGGAGGACCUUAAGGUCCACAAAUGACAACAUUUUGGAGGUUCCAAGUCGCAAGGUGGUUAGACUGGUCUCAACUAGGGCCAGGGCCUUUUCAGUACUGGCCCCGACUUGGUGGAACGCUCUGUCACAAGAGACCAGGGCCCUGCGGGACUUGACAUCUUUCCACAGGGCCUGCAAGACAGAGCUGUUCCGCCUGGCCUUUGGUUUGGACUCAGUCUGACCCUUAUGUUUCCCUCCCCUUAUGGUCUUGAUUUAUCAGCUGCUUUUAAAACGAGGCUGCAUUUUAAAUUGCAUUUUAACCUGUAUUUUAAAUUGGUUUUGUUUGUUUUCUGUGCCCCCCCCAUUAUGUUUUACUGUGAUUUUAUUGGUGUUAGCUGCCCUGAGCCCGGCUCUGGCCAGGGAGGGCGGGGUAUAAAUAAAAUUUGUUGUUGUUGUUAUCCCUGGAUAUCCCAGUUGGCUAGAGUGUGCUGCUGAUAAUGCCAAGGUUAGAAUCAUCAAAUUGUACAGCUGAAAGGUACUUUGAGAAUCAUCUAAUCCAACCCCCUGCAGUGCAGGAAUUUGCAUUAUUAUUAUUAUUAUUAUUAUUAUUAUUAUUAUUCCCCACCCAUCUGGCUGGGUUGCCAUUGCAGGGGCUUGGACUAGAUCCUCAGGUCCCUUCCAACUCUGUGGUUCUGAAUGCAAAAUGCUUCCUUUCCCCCCUGUCUAACUGAUCUUUUUUCUUUCUCCCCUUGUUCCUUUGCCCUACUCCUUUCAGAUCUGUGCUGUUUGUUUGGAGGAGUUCAAGCCCAAAGAUGAGCUGGGAAUCUGCCCAUGCAAACACGCCUUCCACAGAAAGUAAGUGCAUAAAAAAAAGUCCAGGGGGAGCGGCAGAAGUGAGCAUCUCUGCAGAUGGACCUUCGGCCGUGGACGGUGCCUCCUGAUUUCCCUUGAGGGUUGCACCCACAUUCCAAGAGCCGGGUCCCGUCAUGGUGGCGGCGGCAGAAGAGAAAGCCUUCCCUUUGUUUCCAGGCCAUGGGGACAUCCAUUAGGCGCAUCCCUUGUCAUGUACGAUAAACAGAGCCAGACCCCAUCAGCGCUGCCUGCAGAAAGUGCCAGGCUCCUUCCCCUGGCAACGCCAGUCCAAAGGAUUGUGGGUGCCAGUACUCAGCCCAAGCCAAGAGGCUGGCAGUCUGAUGCAGUAUAAGGCAGUUUCAAAUGCAAGCAGGGUGGGUUUACGAUUAUUAAAUUUAUUAGGGUUUUUCUUUUUGCCACAGGCAACUCAAAGCAACUUACCAAAAAAGACCUUUGCCCUUGUGGAGUGUUUCCUCAGCCUCCUCUCCUCUCCCCUCUCCUUGGGAGUCCUCUGGGCAGCCACUGCUACCAUCCCUGGUCUCUGAGCUGCCCCCAAAGAGAAGAGCCUCCUCACACUGCCCACAGGGCCCUGGGACUUGUCUGUCCAUUCCCAACAGCAAGGGCUGGCAGACUGGCAGGCUUGACUCCCGUGUCCGCUUGCUUGCCUACUUUGAGGGCACCUCAGCUCCUGGCAACCAGUAUCCCCUGGCCAGCCCCAGAGGCACCAUUCGCCUGGGGAGCUUGCAGCCAGGGCUGCUGCAACAAACAGCCCCACAAGCCUUUGGGAGGCAGAAAUGCGAGAGGGCAUCAGAGGAGGGAGGGAAGGAAAGAGGGCACCCCUGACCAUCAUUUAAGGCACCCCAAGUUGCCGCAGCAUACUGGUUGAAAACCACUGCUUUAUUUGGGUUACUACGUUGGCUCCCAGCACAUUUCCGAGCACAAUUCAAAGUGUUGGUGCUGACCUUUAAAGCCCUAAAUGGCCUCGGUCCAGUAGACCUGAAGGAGCGUCUCCACCCCCAUUGUUCUGCCCGGACACUGAGGUCCUUCUGGCGGUUCCCUCACUGCGAGAAGCAAAGCUACAGGGAACCAGGCAGAGGGCCUUCUUGGUAGUGGCACCUGCCCUGUGGAACGCCCUCCCACCAGAUGUCAAAGAGAAGAACAACUACCAAAUUUUUAGAAGACAUCUGAAGGCAGCCAUGUUCAGGGAAGCUUUAAUGUUUAAGAGACCACUGUAUUUUAAUAGUCUGUUGGAAGACGCCCAGAGUGGCUGGAGAAACCCAGCCAGAUGGGCGGAGUAUAAAUAAUAAAUUCCAUUCCAUUCCAUUCUGCUAUAUUCCUAGCUUGAAGUCUGCCUAUACUGAAGGGGCUGCUUUCUUUCCCCGCCACAGGUGCCUCAUCAAAUGGUUGGAGGUGCGCAAAGUCUGCCCACUCUGCAACAUGGCCGUCCUGCAGCUGGCACAACUCCACAGCAAGCCGGAUGCCCAUGGACUCCCCCAAGAGCCCCUCCCUGGGGCGGCCAACAUCGUAUAG